AUGCUUGAAUCUGAGUGGUUCUUAACAGCCGAUAUUUAUAAUGGUAAGAGGAGUGGAGUCCAAUUCGGUCUGUAAUCAUACGAGUGAUUAACGAAAUCCGCGCGAGUCCGAUUUGUUUAAUCACAAGUAUGAUUACAGACCGUAUUGGAUGACACGAAGUCCUGUUACCAAUUAAUCAUAAACGUUACAAUUUCCCCAUGCACCUUGAAAUUCCUUGAAAAAUGCAGUAGGUGCUGGAAAGUCCUUGAAUUUUAAUGCUAACUUUAUAGUUUAUGUAGAACUCCAAAGAAAAAGAGCAAACACAGAAAGACCUUCGGAUAGAAUUACUUAUGUUGUGGGAGAACUGAAAAAGACAGACUAAGGCUCUUUUUUGCAGUGAAUGGAGUCCUUGAAAAAUGGGAAAUGUGUUCUUAAAGUCCUUGAUUUUUUGUUUUUUUUUUUCUAGUGGAAAAGCAUUUGUACACCAAAUGUCCAAGAUUACGGAAAAUGUCAAUGGCGGAUGGAGACUGCCGUUACAAAUUCGUCCAUUAUGGAAAAUCCCUAGUUUGGAAGGGAAAGUGGUUGCCGCCACUGUUAUUGUGAUAACUUCUGUGAUUGGUGGAUUUAGCCGAGUGCACUUAAUUUGAUUGGCUAAUGUGACUGUCCGAUUACACUGUUCAAGUACCACCCCACACAAUGAUUAGUGAAAAAUAAAGCAGUUAAUGCACCAAUCAAAUUUGAGGAAAUUGUAAUGGUUAUGAAUAAUAGCUUAAUCAUAACUAAAACAAAAUUCUCAAAUCUGGUUGGCCAUCAACUGCCCUGAACAUAACAGUACGCGUCAUCACGCGCGCGCUUAAAUGGCUUCUUUUCACUGCUAGCAAAAAAAGAUCUUGGAAUUUCUUGUGUUUUGGUUUAAAAAAGAGCCUUAUAUAUCAUAAAUUUUGUUUAAGUUAUGAUUCAUUCAUUGGUAACAGAACUUCGUGUCGUCUAAUCCGGUCUGUAAUCAUACUCUUGAUUAAACAAAUCGGACUCCUGCGGAUUUCGUUUAUUCACUCGUAUGAUUACAGACCGAAUUGGACUCCACUCAGUCCUGUUACCAUUACUAAUUUUGCUAUUGAAAGCUGUCCGAUUACCAGGAGCUCGUAAUUUAACUAAUUAUAAAAUAACUGAGAUAGUACACGCGAUCUGAUUGGUCAAAACCUAUGGUUUAUUAUACCGGUAAACCCAUAGAAAAAGGCAUCCGGAGCACGAGCCAUAAAAAAAAACGGGCUAUUCAGGCCCGUAGGCUGGUUUUUGCCUGGGUGGGUUCUUCGGCUCGUGAUUUACAAGCUUUUCUCGUGUUCUCCCAACAUCCCGCGUGGGUUAUCACGCCGGUAAACCCAUAGAAAGUGUGGUCUAUUGCUUAAAUAGCACAUGAUAACCACCCAAAAUCAAUGAAAAUAUAUUGACUGGAUAAGCUGUCCAGCUUCAACUGGAAAGGUUUGUGCCAUGGAAUCUGUAAGCUGUCGAGACAAGCUGUAAUUUGAUGCCAUUACUUUUCGCAUUUUGUUAAAAUAUUGACGCAUUUUAAUAAAAAAAUGUAUUUUUGUAAAAAAAAAAAACGUUCUGCGGUCGGGCUUCCACACAUUCCGAUAGUUUCAUCCAAAGCUGUAGCCGAUCAUGCUUGCUGUGGAAUCUUUCUCUUACAUUAAUAAAUAUUCCAGGACUGAUAUUCUCGCAUUUUGUUAGUGACACAAUUAAUUGGUAAUAGGACUUGGUGGGGACUUGGUGUCGUACAGUUCAGGGGUAAUCGGGCUCGAUUUGAAGUUACUCGCCCGAUUGUUCCCUGAAUUGUACUCCACUCAGUCCUAUCACCAUUCUUAGCAUCAGACUCAAGGCGCUUAAGACUAAGAGCAUUUGGUGAGCAGCAAAAGCGUUCUGUACGAACAUGUGGGUUUUCGGAUGUCAUUUAUGAGGACCGCUUUUAUAAUUGUGUACUAGGUGAAUCAGAGAAAGCACUUUAAGUUCCAGUGUCAACAAAAGAAAUCACUGGAUCAGGAGCGUGGAAACUGAAUUGAACUGAACACAGUAAAUAAUACUCAUAUUUAAUUCAACGACUUUAUUCACAGUUGCUUACUAAUAGAUACAAUCAGCCUUCGAAUGGUGAGGAACAAGGAAAGAAGGCUGUAUUCGCUCGGUGAAAGAUACCAUCUCUUGUCGCCCGCAAUAAAGGGAACAUUGUCUAUAAAUAUCCUGAAAUCCUGUUAAUUUGAUAAUUUUGAAUGUUAUAGUCGAAGGUAAUAAAUAUCUUUGAACUGGAAUGCCACUUCUUUGCGACGGCAAUCUCGAGACGUUUCAGUGUUCAAUCGCUUUGCUAUGCAGAACAUUUUCUUUCGUAAGGUUAUUUGUCUUGAUUCUAUAAAUGCUACCAAUUUUCGCCACGGCUACACCAAAUUACAGUGGAAGUUCUCGUUAACGCCCAUCCUGGGGACGCCAAAAAGGUGUUCGUCAUGGUUCUCAUAACGAAGGGCCAGAGAGGUGU